CGGUAUGUUGAGCGUAUGUUUACGUAGUAGCAAAAGCGACGAUCACUUGUUAAAAUAUCGUAGUACGUACUGUAUCACUGGCAUCAUCAUCUCACCUCGAAGAAACGCAAGGUUUACGUACUGAUGUUAUUAUACUCGAUAACAUACAUAUGUAGUUGCAACAAUAUCAUUGGAAAAGAUGACCGUAGAACCAUCGUCGACCACUGAUCAAUCAGAGCGGAAAAAGCUUGUGAAAGCUCGGUGGGGAAUUCUACGUAACGCUCUGAUGCGUGGCGCUCAAGAAGAACAGCAGCAGCAGAAGCAUUCGAUCCAUUGCUUUCCCGGUUUUAAUUUGCUGAAAGGUAUACCAGUAAAUCUCACUUCAUCUUUGUCGGGAUCUCAAUCCGAAAGUUGUCAAAUCGAAAAAUGGUUAACCGAAUAUCGAUGGUGCGAUGCGGAAAAUCACACUCUGGAACAAAAUAUUGAUAACAUGGAAAUAGCUAUUCUGGCAUUGGCUGCUUGUUUUCCAAAAGGAAAGUGCAUGCGGAUCAUACGCACUAUUGACACCACCAGUGGGGAUGGAGAUUCUGAAAUAGAAAACGACUUUUCUUCCAAUUGGCUUGAAUCCAUCAAACAGCGAUGUCAACCUUCUGUACGUGUGUGGAAGGCAAGCGAAGAAGAGGAGGUGUUGGAACAAAAAUGUGCGGCGAAAAAUGUAGUGACCACUCUACUUGUUCAAGAAACAUCGACAUCAACAAAAUAUCAAACGCUUCGAUACAAUUUAGACAAUACAAAGUGUAACACCGUCUCAACAAUCGUCACUGUCGAGUCACUGUGCGAUAUACUUUGGACCAGAGAGCCACGAGAAACCCGACUUUCUCUCGAUGACCUGAUCAGCCACCGUAAAAACAAAGGAGUGGACAACACUGGAAACAUUUGUAUAUGGGAUUCAGAAAGAACAUUAGCAUAUCUGCUGUAUCAUUAUUUCGAUGAUUUUUUCUCUUUUACCAAAGUUAACAGUGAUGAUGACAGCAUGAGCAUUGUUUGUAGUUGCCACAACGACAGUGGUGAUCCCGACUCCUGUAUAGUUUUCCAGCAGCAAGAGAAAGAUCACUCGAAAGUUCGCGUUUUGGAAUUGGGAACUGGAAUGGCCGGCCUAUCUGCAGUAUCACUUGGAUUACGUCUAGCAAUGCGUCAACGGAAGAAUGGUGACGAAACAAAUGAAAGCAAUGACAACGAUGAUGAGAGCGAGGGCAAGAACAAGAAGGAUAUUCACAUCACGCUUACUGAUGGCAAUUCCAAUGGGGUGAAGAAUAAUGCCAUCAACCAAUAUCUGACUGAAUUGAAUUCAAGGACGAUGUUGAAAGAAAGAGGAAUACAUUCAAAUUAUUUAGACUUGAGUGUGAAUUGCGCAACUCUCUUGUGGACAACUGAUAUCAGUGGUGAAAAGAACACAAAAAAAGAAUACUCUUACCUGGACCAAGAUGUGAUAUUAGUCUCCGAUUGUGUGCAUUUCCAAAACUUUCACGCUGCUCUCGCUAUUACCACCUUACGAUGUCUACGUGUCGGAGGUAGUGCCAUUUUUUGUCAACCUCGUCGAGGACCAUCACUUAAUAACUUUUUCAACCUCUUGUCAACUGCAACAUCGGAAACAGGUUUCACACGAUCAACUUCUUUGCUAUCUAUUUCSAGAUUUUCGCACCCAAUUAUAGAUCAAAAGCACGACGAAUCUCUUGUGCAACACAGUGACAUUUACGACGAAAAUCUGCAUCGACCAGAGAUAUUGGCUAUCACGAAGCUCCGUGAAAUCACUGAAAAUGACCGAAUGCGCUUUAUUUCUUUUCAACAGCGAUACAACCCUGUGAAAUCUAAAAUCACUGAGGAAUAGGUUUAAGGGCUGGAAAAUKUUCCUCGAUGACUAUUUCCUCUGGACGACGGUUGCUGUACUAUUAUUUUACAGUCAAACUCUGCCAAAAGCUACAUCGUAGACUUUAAGGGUUAAAACCUCUAGGUUUUUCAAAUUCACUCAAAUUCAAAAGUUUUUAUUGAGUAAACACUACGUACCCCAUAUUGUUUUUCGCGCUCGCAUGAACCAYCAUUCUUUCCUAUUUUCAACAGAUCCCUUUGUUGGUAUAUUCGUUCUCUUAUUUCUACCUACCUAAUUGGGGUAGUCCUUUGCUCCCUGCUUGAUGAUGUUCAUCGUGACAUCCAUUCCUUCCUCCGUCCAACGGGCGCGGUUAUUUUCGAUGCUUGACGCAAAAAUACCUCCUCUAGCAUCACCGAAGGCGCCCGUAUCGUCGAGUUUUCGAGCCAAUGGCAAAAGAUAGAAAUCUAAGAAUCCGAUUUGGUUGUUGAACCAACCGUUCGAGGGAUCGUCACCCCUGUUUUCGACGAAGCCCUUGCGCAGUUCUAGGUAUAAACAAUCGCUCCACUUUGCCAUUUGGUCAAAUCCUUGAAGGUUAUGGGCGACGUCUGCAGAUUUUAUGAUGGUUUCCAUAAUGACUGAUUCACGUAAGUCAUCGAUCUUUUCCGGAGGUGGAAGAUCAAUUUGUGGCACGUCAAACAGACCAUCACCAGACGCAGAGACACGUUUUUUCCCUGGAUAAGUCUCAAUAGAUUCUCCAGUCAAGUCCAUAGUUCUACGAAAGCCAAGUCGAGAACUUUUCCUUGGACUUGAUGGUGUACUAGUUCCAGCUUGGGAAAGACGGCGAUGGAACUUCAAAGCUUUUCCCGAUAGCUCUUUGUCGCUUUUCUUUUGAAUCCUGCGCGCCUCCCUCCCAAGGUUAUUAUCUUCGUCCUCGUAUGAAUUAUAUGACGAUGAUACACUGGAUUCAUCCUCGUUAGCAGAUUUCUCAACGUGCAUAUCUUUAAGUAUUUGAGUGGGAUCUUCCCUGUGACCUUGAGCUUUCUUCAUAACUUUUCGUUCCACAGUUUCGUAGGGAUCACCAAAGGCUGCCUUCCAUUUUGAUUUUCCCAACUGUGUACGUUCCGGUGAUGCAAUGUCGGUGGUCAGCACUAAAUUAACACAGGCUGCCCGAAAUCUUCGAUAAUCCUCCCUCUGAGGAAAUAUGACGCUGCGCAAUUUGUCGUAUUCUUUCUUCAGAAUUUCGGAAAAUCCGAUGAAGAGGGAUUCGUUUUCAGCAAUAGAUUGAUCGUUGUAUUUCAUUGCAAGUUCUUCAUCUUCCAAGGCCAGCUGGCGGUUUGGAAUUCCUCGAUGAUCAACGUCAUGAAUCAGUGCUGAAAAAAUCAGUGCCAGUUGCAUGAGGGGAUCAUCACGAAAACCAAAUGUAUUGGAAGGCUUUUCAUCCGGAUGCUUGUGGACAAUCAUAUCCACCAGUUUAUUGGUUGAAAUAGUCACGUGAUAGCAAUGCUUGAAGUUGUGGUAGGGAACAUCAUUGUAUCCAAGAAGAAUCGAUUUGACAUAGUCCCUGAGCUGUACGACGACUUCUUCAGAAACCUGCUCAGGCCAUAAAGUAUCGUUGACCAACAUGGAACGACACAUAGUGGUCGUACUAAGGUCGGUGAACAUUCCCCGAGGCAUGAUCCAUGCGCAAAUGCGAAUCAAAAGAAGAGCCGUGAUACGAGUUGCGGUCUCAUCUACAUCAUCUGAUGGGGCAGUUGCCGGGUCGUUGCCUAAUCCAGUAUUUCCCCAAGCCUCACUUGUAAUCCCCAAAGCAAUCCCGAUGUAUUUAGCACCAAACGGCAUCAUAACAACUCGCUUGCUAUGUUGUUCAAGCGACCCCCUGUAUCUCUUUGCACUUGAGAAACACUCUAGCGUUUGUAAGU